GUCCCACCUCUUCCGCCUUGACUUUGGAGGUGGAGGCGGCAGCGGCGCCUGCGCGUCUUCUGUCAGGGUCAGCAGGCGGGUCCCCUGGGCGGUCCGCCAGCGCGUCGGGGAGCUGCGCCCGGGGGUUCAAUGGCGAUGAACUAUAACGCAAAGGAUGAAGUGGACGGUGGGCCCCCGUGUGCUCCUGGGGGCACCGCUAAGAACCGGAGACCGGAUAACACGGCCUUCAAACAGCAACGGCUGCCGGCAUGGCAGCCCAUCCUUACGGCUGGCACGGUGCUACCUACAUUCUUCAUCAUCGGCCUCAUCUUCAUCCCCAUUGGCAUCGGCAUCUUUGUCACCUCCAACAACAUCCGCGAGAUCGAGAUUGAUUAUACUGGAAUAGACCCUUCCAGUCCCUGCAAUAAAUGUUUGUCUCCAGAUGUGACACCAUGUGUUUGUGCCAUUAACUUCACAUUGGAACAGUCAUUUGAGGGCAAUGUGUUUAUGUAUUAUGGACUGUCUAAUUUUUAUCAAAACCAUCGUCGUUACGUGAAAUCUCGAGAUGAUAGUCAACUAAAUGGAGAUUCUAGUGCUUUACUUAAUCCCAGUAAGGAAUGUGAGCCUUAUCGAAGAAAUGAAGACAAACCAGUUGCUCCUUGUGGAGCUAUUGCCAACAGCAUGUUUAAUGAUACGUUACAAUUGUUUCUGGUUGGCAAUGGAUCUUAUUUGACAUCUAUUCCUUUGAAAAAGAAAGGUAUUGCUUGGUGGACAGAUAAAAAUGUGAAAUUCAGAAAUCCCCCUGGAGAAGGCCCCCUAGAUGAACGAUUUAAAGGUACAACAAAGCCAGUAAACUGGGUUAAACCAGUAUACAUGCUGGAUUCUGACCAAGAUAAUAAUGGGUUCAUAAAUGAGGAUUUUAUUGUUUGGAUGCGUACUGCAGCAUUACCUACUUUUCGUAAGUUAUAUCGUCUUAUUGAGCGGAAAAGUGAUUUACAUCCAACAUUACCAGCUGGACAAUACUAUUUGAAUAUCACAUACAAUUACCCUGUACAUUCUUUUGAUGGACGAAAACGGAUGAUCUUAAGCACUAUUUCAUGGAUGGGAGGAAAAAAUCCAUUUUUGGGGAUUGCUUACAUCGCUAUUGGAUCCAUCUCCUUCCUUCUGGGAGUUGUACUACUAGUAAUUAAUCAUAAAUACAGAAACAGUAGUAAUACUGCUGACAUUACCAUUUAAUUUUAUAUUCUGAAAACAAAUUUACCGCAUGUGCAUCAAGGCCAGUCCUAUUCAACCUAGCUUUUGAAUGCCGAUGUCUGGUUAGUAUGUCAUUUUUUGAAGUUGGCACAUAACUUUUUAUUUAAAAAACAGUCUUUGUCCUUUGCUUCUUCCUUAUGGAUGACUUAUGAAAAUAUGUGACGGGUAUAAAACGGAUUAGCUAUAUUGAUCAUAUUAGCACUCUUAACUGCUGAAAUGGCAUUCUAAUGUUUGCUUUUUGUUGGGAUAGGCCAUAUGAUGCAUAGAGCCUCUUUCAUGUGAAAUGCGUCUACUGCUUAAAUGUUUAUGCUGUGUUGAUAAUAUUAUAUUGACGUGCUGUAUAUAUGUGACUAUUGUGUGAAGAAAGGGAUUAUAAGAUGUAUAACAGCUUUUUAACCUUUCGGGAUUCAGAGUUAUGAAAAGAUGAAGAAAGACCAAAUCUAAAUAAAACACUUCAUCAUUUUCAUGUGUCGUGUGUAAAGGCUUAAAGUGCCAUCUUUGGUGAGGUGGUUCAUAUUUAAUACCUUCAGUACAGCUCUCUUUCAAGCUUAGUUUUGAUUUCAAAGGAUAUGCUUACCUUGCCUAGCAUAGAAAUUUAGUGCUCAUAUCUGAAGAGGUCAAGUAGGACUCAGAUAGGAGAAUUUAAAUUCCUCUUUCCAUUUGGUCAAGAUGUUGCAGUCGGGAACCCCAACUCACUUGAUAUAUUUUUACUUGCAAUCAUUUCCCUUGAAGCUUACACUUCAUAAGGGACAAAAAAAUAUAAGUGAGAUGGGAAAACUUCUUGGCAGACCUUUAUCUUCUGCCUCAGCUGUAACCCAGAUGUAAAUGUUCAAAGGAGACCAUUUUCAUUCUUAUGGUAUUUAACAUUCAGAAAUUUGCUUCAGCAUUGGAAAUACCUCAAGCUUUUUUUAUUUUGCAGGUAAGUGUUUUGACUUAAGUACUAAUAUUAUAUUGCAGAAAUUUUGGGCAAUUUUCAUAUAGGUCAUAUAUGAAUGUGUAUUCACAUUCUCUUCAGUUAAGGCACCAAUUGUUUUAGUUGGUAUUCCUAAAACAUACUUUAAAAAGAACUUUAUUAAAUUUCCUCAUUCUGGAGAUUUUGGUGUAUGUACAUGAUAAAUUAUAAUAUAUAUGAUUGAAGCUAUUUUAUUUUCUAUUACCUAGAGUUAUUUUAAUAUUUCUUAUUGAGUAAAUGCUGUAAUUUCUUUGCUAUGGAACUUACUCUCGGAUGUAAAGUUAUUUUUUUCACAUGCAUGAAAAUGUAUGUCUUAAUCAGAAGGCUUAAUUGCAUUGAAAUUGCAAUUUUUUUUUACUCAUAUGUUUGUGUAGAAGAAUGCCUGUUUAUUUAGAGUUUGUAAUGGUUUCCCUCAUUUAUAUUUUAAAUCAAAAGGUCUGAGUAAUGUAUCAAUUUUGAUUAAUUUUUUUUAAAUAAUGUAAUGGUUAAUAGAAAUGUGCCACACUUAAGUUUUGUAUAACAUGAAAUUCAGUUAAAAGAACUUGUAGUUCAGAAUGACUUUUAACUAAUAGAAUAUUACUUGCAUGAGGUACUUAAUGUAUGAUGAUCCUGAAAUUUCGAAGUGCAUUGGGUAUUCUUUGUCUAAAAAUAUUCUUUGUUUUGUUAGGCCUUCAGAAUUUUGUUAUUUAUUCUGAUAAUUGACCCUCUUGCACAUGGCAGUUGAUCUUCUGGGCUGUAUCAUUGGGGGAGAGGGGUUUCUACUAGUCUUUCCAGAUUGAGUUUGUGCUGUUUAAGGAUUGCUAUCGUGCAUCCUUUUUCUAAUUGGGGGAUCAAAGGUGCUGCUAAUGAAAAGUUGAAGAACCCUUCCAGCACUUUCUCAUCUGUGGUGAAGAUGGAAUCUUAAAAUAUAUUUGAAGUUCUAUCUACUUUAUAGGUACAUUUAUAGCUUCAGUUUCUCCCUGUCUCCUGCCAUUUGAGUUUUAAGGGAUUCCUGUUGGUAAAUAUGAAGAAUGUGGAACAUUCAUAUGGCCUCUGUGAAGCAUCGGGGAGAGAAAACGUCUCUUAUGAGCUUUAUGCUCAGCUUUUGGAAACAUUGAUGUAAUAUUCAACUUUCAAAAAAUCAUAUUACAUUUUAAGGCAACUAGGUUAAAUAGAAGGCAUUCACGAAUGCAUUAACUUGCUGGAAGUAUUUUGAUAUAUCAAGUUUUGCAAUUGAAGGAAUUAUUUAAUAAGUAAAGGCUAAGAAAUUUUCAUUGAAAUAAUAAGGCAGUUUAAAAAUAAAUUGGUAAAAAUAACUGUAUUACCUAAUAGAGAAUUAUUCAAACAAGGGAAGAGUCAAGUGCAUAUUAUUUGUUUAGUGGUUAGUAAGUUUAUUUGUAACCUUGAUUAUAUUAAAAAGAUAACUUUCUGUUAGUAUGUUAUGUAUUAAUAAAAAUGAACAAAAUUAA